AUGGUCCUUCGCUGGAUGGGACCUCUGUUGGGUUUCUUGGUGGUAGGAACCAUUGGGAGUGAUGGACCACUCCGGCUCUUUGAUGCUGCUGGGCUCGAGUCAAGCCCGCUUCCUUCUGAAGCAAUUGACUCGCCCUCUGAGCCAGUAUUUGGACCACGUCUAAGUCCGGUCUUCUCUGGUGGGACUCUGGGGGAACUGCCACCGCGGAGACAUGCAGCGAUCGUACUUUUCACUGCGCUUGCAAUGGCUUUCGCGGUGCUGAGAUGCUUCAGAGCUAUAACAACAGGAAAGGCCUCGAAUGCAACGAAAAGAAAACUCUCCGACGAAGUAUCAUCACCCGAAAGCGAAUGUGACGUCCGUAACGACCCCGAUACCGUACAUCGGGCAAUGCAGAGAACACACGCAUCAACUUUGUUGAACUUAAAAGACCGACAAAAUUCCCAAUCUAGAAAAAAAUGGCUCCAUUAUGUGCGAGUGCAAUUUUUCGGACUUUCAAGGGCUGGCCAGCAUUUGCCUUAUGCUAUGGCCACUUUACUGCCCGUUCUGGUUCGUGCCUGUCUCAUUGUCUGCGUUUACAUACACAUAAAUAUAUGCAGCGCUCACUAA